ACGCCUUGAGGAUAAAGUAUUUCCGGUUCCGGUUUAGUACUCAAUAAUAACAGAAGCGGGAGUCUCGCAGGUAGUAAACUCACUUCAUUUGGAGAUAGUUAGGAGCUGAAACAGGUGAAAAAUAUUUACUCACUGUUUUAUAUAACAGUGUAAGAUGCAGAGAGGUAACACGAGAUUUCCAAGCCCGGGUGGAAUGAGGCCGCCGAUGGGAGGUUUCAGGAGCCCCGGAGCGGACAACCAAGGCAGCGGCGACGGAGGAAGGUUUUGCCCACCCACAUUGGGGUACCGCGGGUCUGGUUCCCCCUCUACCGGACAACGAUUCGGAAACUUUGGGGGUUCUCCUAAUUCCUCGAGAGAUUUCGGUAACAAUAACAGGAGUUUUGGGCCGAGUGAGGGGUAUUAUGGUAACACAUCCUCACCCAUGCGUACACCGCGCAGACAGGACGGGAACGGCCGCGGUGGUCAGUCCUAUAGGCACCAGUCUCCGUACCAAACGCACAGUCCUUCCCCGUAUCGUCGUGGCUUUCAGGGUUCACCGCAGACAUCCACCCCGUUUGUCAGGGAGAGGGGCGGUGGCGGAGUGGAGAAGUAUUACAGCCCGUCCAUGGUACAGGACCCCUGGGCUAGCCUAAAGCCAGUGGAGGUUACACAAACGGGGACCAAAAGCAGUACGCCGAACACUUUCCACACAGGCAAAACCACGAGAUAUUUCUAAGGACAAUGUUGGAUUGCGAUGGGAUAGUAGGGCGAAACUCACUUCGGGCGUUAUCUUGAUGAAUUUGUAAUUAGGAACGUCAGUUUUUAUUUUGCAGAUUGAAAAUAUCACCAGCGUAUAUAUUACCUAUUUUCUCAGGUAUUUUGAUUUUGAAGUUUGUUCUACAUGAACUCAAAAACAGCAUUUUAAUCAUCCGACGGCUAAAAGGUCAAAUCCCAGGGAAUGUAUUUACUACAAGAUGUCAUAAAUACCUUGGCCCCUUUAUGUAACUGUACAUAUACCGUUUUGAAAUGUUAACCGUAAUUGAAUAUCAUUUUAUGGAGUAUUGUUAGUAUUUUACAAACUAUUUUAAAAUCAAUUCAAAAGCAUGUUUACGUUUUUUAGAAAUUAAAACAUUUGUUAUACAUGUGAUUUCCAUUAAUUAUUUCUCCUGGAUUGAAAUUAAUCAUUUUCAUAUUUUAAUGAAUGCACAAGCUAAUUUAAACUGUACUUUGAUACACUGUAUGUCAGGAUAUUAACCCAUUAUAACAUAAUUCUGAAAUCUUAAACAUUUCGGCUUCAUAAAUGUCUUAAUUAAUUUGAGCUUGCACUACAAAUUCAGGCUUUAACUGCUGGUCGUCAAGUAAUCCAUAAUCAAACCAUGCAAAACUCUUACUACAGAUUCAAUUUUUUUUCUCUUCAUGUAGCCAACAUUUUCCAGAAGCCAGUGUCUCCGCAUGAUGGAUUACCAAUGGCAUGCAAUUAUCGUAUUUUCUUGUUGAAGCUUUGAUACGGUUAUGGCUAGGACAGAGUGAUUGAGAUGAAUGCUCCUCAUAGGGUGUUAAGGAGAAAUACAGCAAACAUGUGGGGCUAUGGGCCAUGUUGAACUAUUGUCAAAACAGAUUGGCAUGAGUUGAAGAAAACGAGAACUUUAAUGUAGUGUAAAUAUGGCUUUAAUUUGACAGUUGCGCACAAUGAUAAACCCGUUUACAAUAAACUUAAAAUGCUCAAGUAAGGUUUAUAAAUAGACUGACAAGCACAAUUUCCAUUAAGAGCUUACAUCAAUUUCUCAGCAGUUAACCGGUUAUCAGCCUCUAUUAAUAUGUACCACAAUUACUCUUGACACUUUGCCACAACCACACAGUCAUGCAGCACUCGGUAAGCUGCCAUUAUACUUCAGCUGCAAAUUAUUAACUUCUAAAAGGAACAUCACUAUGUUGUCUAUUUUCUUUAAAACAUUCAGCCUGUAUUAACAAAUGCCAGGAAAGCAAACUUACUCGCGGCCAUACAAGCUCCUGUCCCCCACAGGUACGAUGGGAACGUUUGAGUCUUUGACCUGUUGGCUCUGGGUACCACUGGGAGCGGUGUGGUCCACCUCCAGCUGUGGUUCUCUAGUGACAAGGAGGAGGGGUAGAAACAGAGACAAAGGGCCGUUUGUCUGGCCCAGCCUCCUCAGCUGGAGCGCGACCAACAGCAGCAGCGGUCUCUGAUCCUCUGAAGCAGACUCUUCUUUUUCUUCCCGCCUUUCUCUUUUCCAUCCUCCAUCUUCCGGCCACGGAUCUCACGCAGGAGGUCAAAGAACGCCUGCAGGGAGGUCAACUGGUGACUAAAAGGCUGAUUAUGGUUCCACGUCGACACAAUGCAAGGACCCCGCAGACGCGGCAAUGGAGGCCAGUGGCCUGUACUACGAACCUUGAUUAGUGGGUUAGCGAGGUAUUUGCGCUCAAAAGCCUGGGAUAGCUGGGACACGAAAGUCAAUCUCUUUUAGCGUCGCUGUAUCACCAUGGUGACUUAUGUUCUCAACCAAACCUGGUCGGGAGCAGGUUUUCAGCUAAGUAUCGGGUUAGAUCGGCGUGCGCAGCUUCCUAGCCCCUCCUUUGACAAUGGUGUCACCAUUACUGGGUUUUCCCGUGGACCUCGGAGCCCGUUUCGUACAGUCGUCUCUCCGACAGAGGCUCUUUCGGGACCAAUCCCUAAGCAUUGCCUGAGAAUAUUCUUUAUGAGAGAUUCAGGUUCUCAUCAGAGGGUAUACGCUAUUUUAAUGUCCUUGUUGGACCUUAUGUAAACAAUGCUUAAGUGGUAGAGUGGAGGUAGCGCGUCAGUCUUGAAUCUCUGCGCGGGGGGUUCGACUCCCAAGUGACGCGCAUUUAUGUGAAGCUUAAAGUCCCAAUUCUCAUGCAUAUGGAAUACUUAUUCACUAAAGGUUAUGGAAUUAUAUUUUUGUGCUUAUUUUGAACUUUAACCCUUUUUUCAAGGCCGUGCUGGCACCACAUCUAUGGUGGUAAAAGACAUGAUAGACCGGCGAGUUUUGAACCUGGUCGCUGGCUUUCGGGUCUUGUACAAAUCCACUACGCCGUUGCCGCUACAUCUCAGCGGUUGAAAACAUAUGCAAUACAUUUCUUACAUAGGGUGUAUUUAAAGUGAUUCCCUAAAUUAUAGAAUAAGGCAGGUUGGACGUUGCUUAGGCAUUUUGAAAUCAUCAUUCUAUUGGGAUUAAUGGCUUACAAUUCUGCAUUUGGCAUAGUUAUUUUGUAGACAAUAUGAAGAAUCUUUACACUUAUACACAUUUAUAUAGACUUCUUGAUCUAUCCAGUUUGUAAAGGUGAGUAAAAUGACACGAUAAACGGCCCUUUCAAGUGAACGCGCAUUGAACCUAAAGCGGAAAACCUGGCUCGAACCAUUUAGCUCUGAUCCGAUCCAGGCUUUCCCAAGAAAGCCUGGGUAUGUUCAUCGAUGUUCGUCGUAUACCCCACUGAACCUGUGUUGGUUUUGCAGUGCUUUUAGGGCCCACUCACGCUAGGCAAAGUCGCCCUGUACCGUACUCAAGUACAAUUCCCCUCGCCGCUGGCCUGUGCUCACAUUAGGCAAUCUCAACUGGGCCUGCGUACGGUUGCCUCUUGUACAUACAUCCCCACCAAGCGUCCGCUGCUUGGUAGAACAACAAUGGAGAACAACACAGAGAACCCAAUUGGCACUUUACUGACUUUGUUGCUUAUUUGGAGCCGUUCUACUCAGAUAUAGCCCUCUCUCACUGAGCAUUUGUACACUGCCAAAUAUGCCGUUUUAUGCACUACUUUUUCGCGACACAGUCUGCGUGUUUACACUGCCCAAAGUAAAUUGCCUGCUUGAGCUAGCACCCCAAUUUGCCCUCCCUGCACACAUUGGCGGUUUAUGACGGUUCAUUCUGUUGUAAAUGCGAUGGCUCCGCGGUUCCCGGGGUUGGGGGGGGCUUGGGUGGAGGUGCUGCUGCGCUGUCUCCACAGAGACAACAUAGCGAUAUCAUCAGCAGUUCUAACUGGAGACAGUAAAAUCCGCAAGCUGCUGAUCAUGUGAGAGAAGGUGAUGCAGUCAUAUUAAACAAAGACGUUGAAAGAUGGUGCCAUCUACGAGAGACGCAGAGGAACUCUCCUUACGAGGCUUUUGUCGGGAUAAAAAACAAGUAGUCAGCAAAGUAAAGAAUAUUUGGCUUUUUUGCAUCGUGUUUGUAGCCUACAUAUGAACUUAUUUGUGCAUGCGGGGGUCUUCAUUCAUAAAAAACUAAACAUUUGGGAGUAUGAAGGUUUUCUAAAGAGCUCUAGACUCCGUGCGCAGCCCCACCUUCUCCAGUGAACCAAGAAAGCCUGCGCCAUGAACGGUGGAUUUUUGAUCAAAAACUGAACUUCGCCAUCGCACCAACUUGAACCCAAUCGUGAACAGCAUGCCGCCAUGUUUUUUGUUUAAUGGGGUAGAAGCCAGGGUCGCAUGGACUAUACAUCAUCCAGCUCAGGUUGCGUUUCCGUGCGUGUGCGCAUGUCGGCUCAUUAUCAUCUAUACCGUAGCCUGAGCACACCUCUCCAAAGUGUACACCACGGAAUUGAACUGUACUUGAGUACGGAUGGUGUGCUCACACGAGCCAAACGAUCUAGGCUCUAAGGGGCAAACGUACUUGAGUAUGGUACAGAUGGCCUAGUGUGAGUGCACGCUUAGUGAGCGGACCAAUCACAGCCCUUGCUGCUGUGUUGCCUCAACGCAAGGUUACAGUUUUUGGGAGGCGCAGGUCAGGCCCUUGCGGUGGACGUAAGGACGUACUGGGUCCAUAAACCCCCUUGCGUUGCCUCAACGACAUAAUCUGCCUUAAGGAUCGUAGGUUACCAUUUCGACUUGAUAUUUGUAAAUUAUGUGUAAGCAAAUAAAGAUCAGGGAAAGUUCAAGGUAAUAUAUCAUUCAAAGUAAAUCUAGAUCGUCCAAAAUAAUGGUCUGAGCAGGUCUGAUCAUGCUUGAAUUUUUUUAUACCAGGCAGUAAAACAUGCAUAUUGAAAUCAUAGAUUCAUACCCACACACUGUAGCGCGCACAAACAUAACCGGACAUCCACCAGGCCCAGUGUCUGUGAGCGGCUCCUACCUUGUCAACGUUAGCCCGGGUCUUGGCUGACGUCUCCACGUAGCCGACCCCCCACUGCUCCCCUCGGGCUCUGGCCUCCUCGGUGCUAAUCUGCCUCCGGUCCUCCAGGUCAGACUUGUUCCCCACCAGGAUGAACGGCACCUGGCCAUCCUCCUUCACCCGCACGAUCUGCUCCCUGAGCAACACGUUCUGAAGUUAUUAUGUGGUCAUUCAGCACGCGCUUCUUCCCAAAAUGAUGGACAGCGGUUUUCUUGAGAUGAUUGCCAUUGAGGAGCAUCUAAGGGAUAAGGGCGUCAUGCUCAAGGAUUCAGGUAGACUGCAGGGUGACAUUUGGAUUCAAACACAACUUUUCGAUGGGGGUUUAGUCAUAGUCCUUUGCACCACAUUUCAGGAGGUGUCAACUAUUUUUUGGGGGGGGGGGGGAAUCAUCUCCCUCUACAUUUUCCUUUUCAGUUGUUCAAAUGUAUGACACUACAGGGUGAAACCAUUAUGCUUUGUCGCGGCGUAAAUUGAAAACGGGUGCUAAACAAAUUAAAGCUGCGUCAAAAGAAGAAAAACAUUAAAAAAAUUGUUAAAUUCCUCACGACUGAAAGCAUUGUGAAUGCAUGGGGUCUGCAAUACAUGUUCAGAAUGUCGUGCUCCUUUCUGAUUGGCUGCCCAGUACCUCAAGUCGGCAGCGGCGGCUAGGGACUCGGGCUCUGUAAUGGAGAAGACACACAGGAAGCCCUCCCCGCUGCGGAAGUAGUUGUCCCGUAUGGCGGCGUAGUCCUCCUGGCCCGCCGUGUCCAGGAUGUCCACCUGCACCUCCUGCCCGUCCACCACCACCUUCUUCCUGUAGCUGUCCGCCUUGGUAGGCUCGUAGUCCUCCACAAACUGG